UAAAAUACAAUGGCAAACAGGGGACAUAAUAUAGUGGCGAGCUUAAGUGUCGGUACAGGAAAUUUAUCAAGAGAGGAAAGACGCCGACGUCGACGAGCCACGCAAAAGUAUAGAACCGCCCAUGCAACAAGGUGAUAAAUUCGAGUUGAAGCAUUUAAUCUGGCAUUUACUGAAUUACGAAAGCUCCUACCAACGUUGCCUCCCGACAAGAAACUUUCAAAAAUUGAGAUAUUACGACUGGCUAUUUGCUACAUCGCGUACCUGAAUAAUGUUCUCGAAGCAUAAUUUUAUCCAGUUAACACCAUUUUCUAAAGAUGAUAAAUUAAUUUAAAGUUCCUGACAUUAUAACAAUGCAACGAGGAUAAAAAAUAUAGAUA